AAGUCCAGGACAGCAUACGACACCUGGGCGAGAGCAGGAAGGCCGCGCCUUGCCUCGAGUCUUUCCUGCAUCUGUCGCCUUCCUCUCCUGCCGUUGAUGGAUCGGUCCGGAGCCCCUUGGUUCGAGUCCCCCAGCGCACGUUUCCCGCCUGCCCAAGCCAUGUCCUCGGAAGCACCCAAGCCCGAGCCCACCCAGCCGGCCGCCCCCGCCGCUGCCGACGCUGCCGACGCUGCCCCCGCUGCUGCUGGUGCCCAUGAGCAAAUCAUCACGCCCUGGGAAGUCCAAGGCGCCGAGGUCGACGGCAAGCUCGUCGCCAUCGACUACAACAAGCUCAUCGUGGAUUUCGGAACCCGUGCGAUCGAUGAAGCGCUGCUGGCUCGCUUUGAGCGACUGACCGGCGAGCGGCCCCACCCGUUCCUGCGACGAGGGCUGUUCUUCUCGCACAGAGACUUCACCACCAUCCUCGAUCGCUUCGAAAAGGGCAAGCCCUUCUACCUGUACACCGGCCGUGGCCCCAGCAGCGGCAGCAUGCAUGUCGGACACAUGGUGCCGUUCAUCUUUUGCAAAUGGCUGCAGGACGUCUUCCAGGUUCCGGCUGUGAUCCAGCUCACGGACGACGAAAAGUACCUGUUCAAGCAGGAUCUCAAGCUUGAAGAUGCCCACAAGUUUGGCAUCGAGAACGCCAAGGACAUCAUCUCCUUUGGAUUCGAUCCCGAGAAGACCUUCAUCUUUUCGAACCUGGACUAUGUCGGUGGUGCUUUCUAUCGCAACAUUGUCAAGGUCUCGCGAUGCAUCACCACCUCCGUCUCCCGCGCCACCUUUGGCUUUACUGAUAGCGACAACAUUGGCAAGCUCCACUUUGUGUCCGUCCAGGCCUCCCCGUCCUUCUCCAACUCGUUCCCCCAGAUUUUUGGCACCAAGAGCGACAUUCCUUGCCUGAUUCCCUGCGCCAUUGAUCAGGAUCCUUACUUCCGACUGACUCGCGAUGUUGCCGGCAAGCUCAAGUACCCCAAGCCAGCCUUGAUCCACUCAAAGUUCUUCCCGGCUCUCCAGGGCCCUGGAACCAAGAUGUCGGCCUCCAACCCCAACUCGGCCAUCUACAUGACCGACACUCCCGCUCAGAUCAAGAACAAGAUCAACCGAUAUGCCUUCUCUGGCGGCGGCGAUACGGCCGAGCUCCACCGACUGCACGGCGGCGACACCGAGGUUGACGUCAGCUUCCAGUAUCUCCGAUUCUUCCUUGACGACGACGAGGAGCUGAUCCAGAUCGAAAAGAACUACCGAAGUGGCGAGCUCAGCACGGGAGCUCUCAAGGCCAAGUGCAUCGAGAUUGUCCAGAAACUGGUUGCCGCCAUUCAGGAGAAACGCAAGUUGGUGAGCGACGAGGUCGUCCGAUCUUUUAUGGACAAGGACAUUCCCAAGAAGUUUGUCAUGAAGCAAGCUCUUGUCCAGCCCACCGCUGAUCAGAAGGCCUAGGUGUCACCUGGCGGCCGACCGGGCAGCAGCAAACAACGGAGGAUUCACGACAUGAAAGGAAAAGUCGGCAUUGUCUUGGCCACGAUGAUGGUGGCGGCUCUGCCCUAUUUGCUUAUGAAGACCAGGGCGAUGGGUGUCGUCUUCAGACUUGCUAUGUCAGCGCCGUUGGUCGAUCGAGAUAAGGUCUAUCCUGAAUUGCGUUGUUGCACUCUGUCCAGACACAACCGAGGCGUCCGUCGACCCAAUACAUUGGCCUGCUUGAUUACAA